UACGCUGAAAGACAGGAAGAUCAAAUUUGAAAUUAUUAUUUCUCGAAGUUUUUGAGCGUCACGAUUCAGUAUGAUGUGUGAGUAUUCUGGGAAACUUACAGAAGCACUUGUGCUCGCACGGACGCGAGCAACUGAACUUGAGAAAGUUCGAAAACUGAACUGCUGGGGCUCAGAUGUGAUAGAUGUCAGCAUUGUUAGGAAGAUGCCAAACCUAGAGGUCUGCAGUCUAAGUGUCAAUGGCAUCACUACUCUUAAAGACUUUUCAUAUUGCCAGAACCUUCAAGAACUUUAUAUAAGAAAAAAUGCAAUAGAGAAUUUGUCUGAGAUUUGCCACUUAAAAACACUCCCAAAACUCCGGUCUUUGUGGAUUGCCGACAACCCAUGCUGCAACAGAAAGAACUACAGAUCCACGGUGCUAAGACAUUUACCUAAUUUGCAGAAACUCGACAACAUAGCUGUAACUGAAGAUGAAGUGAAUGCAGCUGUAGAGGAAGGAGAUGAUUUGUGGCUGACAGAUUCAUUGACAUCAAAGCAAUCACGCAAUGGAUCCGAGCCUGAAUCUGAGACCACAGAUGAUGAGCCUUCAACUGAUGACAGUAGUAAAGGCAAAGAUAGCCGUCUAAAUGAAGUCGUAACACUGACCAUGGAAGAAACUAAUAAAAUCCGAGCCCAGUUGGGACUCAAACCCUUACCGCAGGACAAGAUGACACCUCCAAAGUCAGUUGCCUCAGGUACCACGAAAUCCAGGAAUUCCCACAUUUUGCAAGCUGUACUCCUUCUUAUUAAAGAGCUGGAUUCAGAGAGUUUGGAAGUGGUGGGAAACGCUGUCAAAAAUCGACUGGAAAGUUUAUGAUGAAUUGCUUUGGUGGAGCAGAAAUUACCACUUCCUUCCACACAGCAGCCCUGCUUAUGUGAUAUGUGUACGUGCCUUCAUUGACCAAUGAGUGAAAUACAAGUGUUGUGUACAGUAAAUGUUAUCUGUGGGCAGCAUGUUUGUCUCAUCAUUAAAAAUACCUGCCUUUAAGCCAGCAGGUCUGGCUUUACAAGUGUCUGCCAUGUUUGUUUUCUUUUUUGUUGUUUUUUUUUUGUUUCUCUUUUGCGUUUGCUUCUUAAUUGUAAUUGUGAAAAGUAAUUUUAAGAAAGAUGUGUUAAUAAUUGAAAUAGAAAUACCAUGUCUGUGGAGACUAUGCCACAGAUUGUCUGACUCAUUUGGAUUGUUGCUGCCUUGGAAAAGAUUAUUGCAUAUUUUUGUCAUUUUCACACUUCUUUAUGAAAUUUCAAGUUUUGACACCUGUUUUUAUGUGCAGCUUGACUUUAUAUUUUUAGCACAAUUGUUUGUCAACACAUAGAUGUAAAAUCAGGAAAAGGGCUGUUUUGUUUUCAUUGUUUAGCCGUAGAUAUGUGGACUCUUUUAACAGUAUGCGUUUGACUUAAAAUGUCAUUAGAAUCAUUUAUAGCUGGCUGUGAUGAGAAACCUGAUUACCGUAGAGAGGAGGAACAGUAUCUUGUUCCGUUUGUUAAUGUGAGUACUAGUUAAUGAUUUAUGUUCAGGCAUUAUCAUUGAGAACGAAGGUCUAUGCUGAUUUGAUGUUUCCUCAGGUUAAGAUUUUUGUUCAACUCAUGCACAGAUACUGAAGGUAAGGUUUAUGUUACUUGGUGCACUCAAAAGACAGCUGUUUGGUUUCCCUUAAUCCCUGGUGACUUUUUCUGUGCUUGACCAAAAUACCCCUUACACUACAGCUGAUACAUCUGUUUGUAGUGCAUAACGGGAUCUCAAGCCAGUCAAAUAAAUAAGGAAAGCUUAUAGAACUCACAGAUUAAGUGAGCAAAGCUGCUGAAAUUCAAAGAUGUUUUAGUGGACACUUUCAGAUUGUGCUUAAUGUGCAUCUGUUGUGCAUUAUGUGUGUUUUUAUCCACGUUCAAACAAUACUGUGUACAUGGGGGACCUGGAUCCCCUGAAUGCUUGUCGGAUUGAUGUUUGUGCUAUUUUCAGUUUCACAUUAGUGAGUUUCUAGGGCUAAGCUUGGCUUUGUUAAUGUGAGUAGAAACAAUGCAAUUUCCCGAAGAAACUACAUCUGAUUGAUAUAUUUCUCAGUUUCAUUUUGGUUAUCAGUAGCUGCAGGGAGUAUUAUUCCCUAAUGUGGAUUAUGGAUAGUGACUAGUAUUGGGCUCCUUAUGACAGCUGAUGUCAAUUGUCAUUGUGUAAAGCCUACCCGAUAUUGCCCAGCGUGGAAUGGUUAAUGAUGAGAGACGUGAACAUAGAAGCGAGGGAUCAGUGCUAUAUAGAGAGCAAUUUCUUGUUCUUUACAAAGUGGCAUGAAUCCUUCUCCUAACAUCGAAAUGUCCAUACCUUUACCUUCUAUGAUCAUCUCCCUUCUUAGCACGAUACCAUUUUGGAAACCCCAAAUUGCGCUCUCAUUAAACCUGGGUGUUCCAAAUAAAAGUGUUACAUUUUGUAGAAUUGCGAUCUAGAAAUAGCAUGUCUUGAUGGUACAACCCUGUCAAAUUGCCACACACUGUGUCUGUAAAUCUGCACUUUGGCAGCAAACAGUGGUCUGAAUUAUCUGAAGAGUUUCCUUGGAAAUAACCGACACUUUUGAGACUGGUCAGUAGAGAACAUCCGUGUUCAAUAGGUUGUUUUGUGAUCAUUGUGACCUUCCUGUAAGAAACCAGGACACAUAUACCGAAGGUUUUUAAAUUUUUCAUGAAUUUCAUGUUAGAGCAAAAGAUGUACACUUUUGUCCCAGUCUCAAAAGAUCAGUUCUUAUUGUGUGCUUGCCUUUCUUGUCGGUUAAACCCUGUGUCUUUUCUUGUUUUUUGUUUGCUUUAUUGAAAUCCUGUUGAAUACAGAAGUAAACAAUGUAGUGGUUUAUAGAUUAUCUAUGAAAAUUAGCAUCAGUGGUCUUACAUAGAAUCCAUCCAUUUUUAAUUUACGGCCUUAAACAGUACACAGUUUCAUUUCUUGAGGUCACUUUGGAUAUAAUUCCUGUAGUCUGAAACUUUGAACUUUGAAACUUAAUAGUCUAUUAUUUGCCCGAAGCCAGAAGAAGUUGUUUUACCUUACCGGUUAUUUACAGUGUUCAGAAACAGAGAUUAUGUCACAGACUUAUUAUAACAGUAUUUUUACUUAAUAAAAAAACAAUAUGAA